UCUAGACUCUUUUUCCUACAAAAAGAGUAACUUGUGUACAUAUGUAAGCUAGGAGUCCCAUUAAGUUAAAGAACAGACUAUAUAUAUAAACUGACACACACAUAUAUAUAGAGAAGAAGAGACAUUAUUAUUCAUUAGACUAACUAAACCAGUUACGUACGUACGCACACAAUAAUAUGAGUAUGACGCCGAUAGUUAGCAAGAUAUACUGUUCAUCUUCUCAGGUAGUGCUUGUGAUUAGGAGAAGGCCUAUUGUAGUGAAUGGAGGAGGUUUUGUCGUCACAGAUUCUAGCCAGAGGGUUGUUUUCAGGGUUGAUGGCUGUGGAAUCCUUGGCUCUAAAGAGGAGCUCAUUCUGAGGGAUGCUCAUGGCGAAGCUUUGCUUCUCGUUCGUCGAAAGGGAGGGAUUGUUGAGGCCCUAAGCAUUCAGAAGACGUGGAGAGGUUACAGCUUUGAUUACGAAGGAGCACCCAAGUUGGUUUUCAGCUUAAAAGAGCCAACUAACUCCUGUUUGGCGAGGAAUAACUUGAUUAGGAUCUCAAUUGGACCAAAGGGAGCCAUUUGCACGAAAGACUGGGGUUUUGAGAUCAAGGGCCACUUCCCAGAUCGCGACUGUAGCAUCGUUGAUUCUAGAACAGGCAACGAAGUAGCGCAGGUUGGAAUUAAGAAGGAGAUGGAUGAAUUGAUGGCGAGCAAGGACUUAUAUCACGUAGUGGUGAAACCUGGCAUCGAUCAAGCUUUUGUUUUUGGAGUAAUUGCCACACUCGACUACAUCUAUGGCGAGUCCACUAGGUGCUAGCUAGCUACCCACUUAGUUAUGAAUGCUAUAGCUUUAUAUCUUCAUGCAUAUUAAUUACCUAUAUUAUUGUACGUAUAUUGCCACUUUUCUUUCUGAUCUUCAUGUAAUUAAUUAAUAAAUUGGUGGAAUAAACUUCUUCUUGUUUUUCCCACGACCAUA